AGUAUAGCGCGAGCGCUCGCCGCCGCCGUCGCCGCCGUGCGCCAGGUACGGUGUGAGGUGCGAAUAAAGGGGGAAGGAGAGAACGCGUGUUGUGUGUUCGGUUGAGACCAGAGGUGCAGAGGGGGGGAAAAAAAAAGAAAGAAACGAGGAAGAGAUCAUACCCUCCCCUCCGCUCCGUGUAUUAAAAACGCACGAGCGAGAGCACGCGUUUCACGCACGCACACGGGUGUCCCCCCGUCAAGAUGUCGUCGUCCGGACACAGCAGCCGCACUCGCGCCGUCCACAUCGGCUCGAUCUUCCAGAAGCUGCACGGCCGCUUCGCGGACGCGAUGACGCCGCCUAAGCUCUCGACCGACAAGCGUACGCUCGACAAGACCUGGAAGCUCAUGGACAAGGUGGUGAAGCUCUGCCAGCAUCAGCGUAUGAACCUGAAGAACUCGCCGCCGUUCAUCCUCGACAUCCUACCGGACACGUAUCAGCGGCUGCGGCUCAUCUACAGCAAGUACGAGGACCGUAUGCAGGUGCUGCACAACAACGAGCACUACUGCGUGUUCAUCAACAACCUGAUGCGUAAGUGCAAGCAGGCGAUCAAGCUGUUCAAGGAGGGCAAGGAGAAGAUGUUCGACGAGACGUCCCACUACCGUCGUAACCUCACCAAGCUCAGCCUCGUGUUCAGCCACAUGCUGUCCGAGCUGAAGGCCAUAUUCCCCAACGGGGUGUUCGCCGGCGAUCAGUUUCGCAUCACCAAGGCGGACGCGGCGGAGUUCUGGAAGGAGCGCUUCGGGAACAGUACAUUGGUACCGUGGAAGGUGUUUAGACACGAAUUGAAUCAGGUUCAUCCGAUCAGCUCGGGGCUGCAAGCGAUGGCACUUAAAUCGACGAUAGACUUGACAUGCAACGAUUAUAUCUCCAAUUUUGAAUUCGACGUAUUCACAAGGCUGUUUCAACCGUGGUCGACUCUUCUACGCAACUGGAAAAUUCUGGCUGUGACGCAUCCUGGCUACGUGGCUUUUCUCACCUACGACGAGGUGAAGGCCCGUUUGCAAAAGUAUUGCAUUACCAAGCCUGGGAGCUAUGUAUUUCGGUUAAGUUGCACGAGGCUGGGACAAUGGGCAAUCGGUUACGUCACGUCUGACGGUGAUAUUCUGCAAACUAUACCGCACAACAAGAGUCUAUGUCAAGCGUUGCUGGACGGCUACCGGGAAGGCUUCUACUUAUACCCGGACGGCCGAAAUAUAAAUCCAGACUUGACAUGGGCGGUGCAACCGACGCCGGAGGAGCACAUCAAAGUGACGGCGGAGCAGUACGAAUUAUACUGCGAGAUGGGUAGCACAUUCCAGCUGUGUAAGAUCUGCGCCGAGCAUGACAAGGACGUGAGGAUAGAACCCUGCGGCCACCUGCUCUGUACUCCAUGUCUUACAGCUUGGCAGGUAGAUUCCGAGGGACAGGGCUGUCCGUUUUGCCGAGCUGAAAUUAAAGGCACCGAGCAGAUUGUCGUAGAUCCGUUCGACCCGCGAAGAACGCAUAGACCCGGGGCGCAUUCGGCGUCUGCUAGUAACGCAUCGACCCCCACGCGGGAUCUCGACCCCGAUACCGAGGAUAUAAUGGAGGAUAUAUUUCUGUGCAACGGCAACUGCGGCAUAUGUCACGACUCAGACGAGGAGGAUGAUUCUAGUCCCACGAAUUCGUCGGUGCCGCCGAGUCCGCCUUUACCGCCUAGGAGACCUUCGCCCUCGCCCACACCGACCAAUUAUCUCAGGAAUGGACGUCAUCUGACAGUACCGAAGGAAAAUGCUCCGCCGCCGCCGUCAGCGGUCACAGUGAUAUUGAACUAUACUGACAACACUCAGCAAAAUAAUAAAGUUAACACGGAGGCGAGAUACGACAUGCUGCACCGCGCAUCCUCGCCGAUACUGCCCGUGCCGCCGAUACCGUCCGUGCCGCCGAUUCCGCCCGCGCCGACGGUAGUCACGAGGGUUCAUCCGCGGCGGUCCCACGGGAAUCACGCGGGCGGCACGCCGCAGCGGCAACCGCAGCCACCGCCGACGUUGCCGGAGAAGGCGUGUCGCACCACCGCGGCCAGUUCGACGACGGGUCAGACCCCCGGCGGGGGUCCGAGCGCCAAUGUGCCGCCGGUACCGCCGCCCUUGACGGCGCCACGGCCGCCGAAGGCUAGCAAGGAGGGUGGCACCCGUCAGGAUCAUCAUUACGAGAACACGAUCGUGAUCUGCGGCACGAAUCAGCACGUCGUGAAGAACAUCAACCUGGAGGGCGCGAACAGGGCGCGCCUCACGGCGCUGAUGAGGGCGCGGGAUGACCCGGGCGGCGGUGGCGGUGGCAGCGGCGGACCGGUGACCGGCAAGCCGGAGUCGGCGGCGUACGAGAAUGUCAAUGUCGAGCAUAUCACGAGGCUGACGGCGCUCGGUUUCGCCCAGGACGCCGUGAUCAGGGCGCUCGGCAUCACCAGGAACGAUCUCGAGAUGGCGUGCGACAUAUUGCACGAAUUCGCCACGAAGUCCUCCUGA